CGGGUUUCUACGCCAGCUCGAUGGCGUAGGAACGCCCGGCGAUGACUUAUGCGACUGCUACUGCGGCUGCAGCGCUAAUUGAGGUGGUGCCCUAGCUGCACACCUAGGAAGCUUCCCGCAGUGCUGAGCGGCUGGCGAGCAAGGAGUGCUUCCACUGAACGAUUCGACCAGCUAUCGACAGCACAACAGCUGCGCGUCGCGUCGUAGCUGCAAUUGAAGUGCUGAGCUAGCUAGCGGCUGUAAGACACUAGCACCAAAUUUUGGCCAAUCAAUCGGCCGGAUCGGCGCAAAAGAACGCGUACCGAUGCGCUGCCACACCAUGGUCGCAUAGCUAAGGCCAUGCGCACACUCUGGGCCAUCGCUGCCGCCGCGGCAGCAACAAUGGGGCAGCCACCCCUAGACGUCCGCCGCCGCCUCUCGCGGAGCGACGGCGUCAAGUGGCGCGGCACGCUAAAUAGCUCAGCAAUAGUGAACCAGUACCUCUACGUCUUCGUCCACAUCCCGAAGAACGCCGGCGCCUCAUUUAUGAAAGACUCGCCCCGACACCUACCGAGGGGCGCGAUCCUCAGAGGCUCGCACGAGAAGGCGCUGUGGCACGGGUACACCCAACACUUGAUAAAUUCCUACCCGCGGACACGUUUAGUAUUGAUGUUACGGCAUCCGAUAAAAAUGGCUUAUAGUCAAUUCCUCAUGUGCAAGUACUCGAUACGAGUUCAGGACAAGGGCUUCCCGCGGGAAGGUACCGGCGUGAAGAGUGGUUUAAAGUUGUGGGCCCAGCGACUCUUGAACCGGAACGCUACUUAUGCUUUUGCUUGUUAUCACUCGAGGGAUAUACAAACGAGAUAUUUAGCGACGGCCCAGUCGGCCUGGACCGUGCCCAAGCAUCCGCCUAUGUUGUCAAAAGCAUUAGCUUCGUUGGGUAAAGCCUAUUUUGUUGGAUUGGCCGAGGCGUAUCCCCAGUCGGCGUGUUUGCUAAGGAUGCUCACGACACAUUCACCUUUGGAGUACUGUCGCUGCGGCAGUACGGAACUAGGUCCUCGCUUAACCCACGAGCGCCACAAGGUGCCCUCGGCGAACCUCAACGAUUUAGAUCAGGAGGAGCUCCAGCUGCUGGCGAAGCUCGUGCCGCGGGACAUCCGGUUGUACGCGCGGGCCGUCGUGAAACUCGAUGCGCAGCGCCUGAAGGUCGACAAGCUGUUUGGUCAGGGCGCGGGGGGCUGCGCCGUCGCCGACGAACUACGCCAAGGGCUCCGCGACACGCUUUGUAGUGCGUACCCGUCUCAGACAGGAAACUGCUCCAUCCCGGCGAGGUACGGCUGGGCCGGCGGGAAGACUCCCGCGGCCCGGGCGUACCGCGGAGUGAGAAGGUGGGAGCGCGCGUCGGGUGGUAACCUCGCGCGGAGCGCGGGGUACGUCGAGUAA